AUCCGGAGAGAGCACUUGCUGGAGGACGGGUACGUCCAGCUGGGCGCGCUGCCGCGAGAGAAGCUCAAGGGGACGAUCCGCGUCGAGUUUGUGUCCGAGCUCGGCCUGGCGGAGGCGGGCAUCGACCGCACCGGCGUCUGCAAGGAGCCCCUCGAGGACGCGGCUGGCGUCUUCAAGGAGUUUCUCGAGGACGCGAUGCGCGCCGCCAUCGACCCACAGCGCGGCCUCUUCGCCCGGACGGCGCAGCGGAGGAUCUACCCGUCGCCGAGCUCGGGCGUCGCCGAACACGUCCCCGACAUGUCCCGCAGGCUGCUCGGCAAGGCGGUCUAUGAGGGCAUCGUGCUCGACGCGGCGCUCGCCGACUUCUUCGCUGCAAAGCUGCUCGGCAAGCCGGGAUCGAUCGACGACCUCGCGUCGCUCGACCCGGAGCUCUUCCAGUCGCUGCAGCUCGUCAAGAGUUACGACGGCGACGUCGAGGGCGACCUCUGCCUCUGCUUCACCGUCGACGAGGACGUCUUCGGCGUGCGCACCGCGGUCGACCUGCGCGAGGGCGGCAGCACGAUGCCAGUCACGCGCGAGAACCGGAUCGAGUACGUCCACCUGAUGGCCGACUACCGCCUCAACCGGCAGAUCGAGGCGCAGAGCCGCGCCUUCGUCGCGGGCGUCCACUCGGUGGUACCCCUCUCGUGGCUGCGCCUCUUCACCACGCCCGAGCUGCAGCGGCUCAUCAACGGAGACGACGCGCCGAUCGACGUCAACGACCUGCGCCGGCACACGCGGUACGCGGGCGGCUACAACGAGCUCACCCCGACGGUGCGCGACCUGUGGAGGGUGGUGGCCGACUUUUCGCACGAGGACCGCGCGCUGCUGCUCAAGUUUGUCACGUCGUGCUCCAAGCCGCCGCUGCUCGGCUUCAAGUACCUGCAGCCGCCCUUUACGGUGCAGAACGAGACGCAGAGGCUGCCGACCGCGAGCACCUGCUUCAACCUGCUCAAGCUGCCAAACUUCAAGUCGAGGGCGGUGCUGCGCGAGCGGCUCCUCUACGCCAUCCGGUCCGCCUCGGGCUUUGAGCUUUCGUGA